AUGGCUAAUAAUCCGUUCCCCAAUGGACCCUUGCCUGUUGGCAAUUCGACCACCGAUUUACGCGACUUUUUGGAAAAUAUGAUAGUCAAACUUAAUGAAAAUGAACGCACAUACAGCAUAGAAUUUAGUCAGAACGUCAUCCAAGUUGCCAUUCCUCAGAAUUCUUCCAACUUUUCCGAUGCCUUGAAGAAUUCCAAUAGUUUCAUACUGUUCAGGACUCUUCUCAUGAAGACUCUAAACGGAGCCAGUUUCGAUCGCUGUUUCAACAAGCUGACAUAUUGUUCCGACAUCGCGGGUAAAGCUUGGGGUAAAGCGCCUCCAAAGCUAAAGAAAAUCUUUAAAGAUCUUUCGGACGAAAGUAAACCUUUUAGACAAAGCCAAGCGAGCAGAAAAACAAAAACCCCGGCAAACUCAAUUCCCACAAAUCGCACUCGCAAGACGACUACUCCAGUCGGGGUUGGAGAAGGCCUCGAGUAUUCCCAUCAACGGAACGAAAAUAAGGCCGCAAACUGGAUUUCCAUAAAAUGCACUUGCAAGAUGAUUACCCAACUCGGGUUUGGAGAAGGCUUCGAAGUUGGUAAUGGGUUUUUAUAUUCAUGUGGAAAAUGUAAUCAACCUAUUCAGCUGCAAGCGGUCAUUGCCCCGUUCUCUCACGAAGCUGCACCCGGCCAGUUCGACGACGUCAUCCACUACGAAGAUCAGGUGGAGGAAUCGAGUUGGAGCUCUUCAGUAUAA